AUGGCAGGACUCAGCACCCAAGGCGCACAGGCGCAACCGAAGUCCAUGUCUUCGCGUCUCUUGAAUAUGAAAUUUAUGCAACGUGCAGCAGCCUCCACUGCUACCUCACCAGCCGCAGCGACACAAUCGUCUUCGUCGCCGGGAGUAGUACAUCAACCUUCAAAAAGACGUCGCAUUGAUUACGAGACAUCGUCUCCUUCGUCGACACCAGGAACGCCCCAGACACCUACCACCGAACCACAAAUAUCCACAUUUGGGCAAUCAAGAGGAGGCAUAAGUACGUUCGACCGCGGAGAAGGCGCAGACACAGAAUGGGUUCUCGAUCUGAAGAUGACGUUUCCCAACCCGAGUCAGACCGCACACGGUUCAAGGAAGGACGGUGACAGAGUCAACGGAACGCGAUUCAACCAACUCUCACAAAUCACUGAUGGAGAUUCCGAUUCCGAGGAGGAUGAUAUCUGGAACAACGGACCUCCUGGACGCCAAACCUACGGCUCGUUCAAGACGAAACGCGGAUCCAGAUCGCAGGCAGCCAGAGAUGUGGGCAACGGUGCCGACUCCCCGUCGGACGAGUCAGACGGAGAAGAGGGAGAGGAGCAUGAUCAUUCAAAUCAUCGCACGCCGACGAGGAAUCGGAAAAAGGCAGAGUCGAAGGGCGAUGAUUCCGACGAAGAAAUGAAACAAGUUCGGAGAGCCAUUGAGGCAAAGCAUCGCAAUAUGUCGGGACAAGGGCAGGUGCAUCGGGGAUCUCCUGGCGGAGGUGGAUGGAAUUCUCGUUCACCCGUCGCCGGAAACCCAGGUCAAGGACCAAAGAGGCGACGAGAAGAGGGAAAUUACAAGGCUCACAAGAAGGCCAGGAAGACGAUUUGA